AGACUACAAUAUUUUGAAUGAAGUACUGAAGAGCCACAAAGCCAAUAUGAAGAAAAGAUUUGAGAACAUAUGCGAAGGCAUCAUAAGGCCAGGUGCCCAAACGCUCCUGAACAAGAUCUACACAGAGCUCUACAUCACAGAGGGAGAAAGCGAAGGGGUGAAUAAUGAACAUGAGGUUUGGCAGGUAGAAGCAGCAUCCCGACCACAAACUACAGACGACACAGCCAUCAACUGCAAUGACAUCUUCAAGCCCUUACCUGGACAGGAGAGACACAUAAGAACUGUCAUGACAAAGGGGAUAGCUGGCAUUGGAAAAACUGUCUCAGUGCAGAAGUUCAUCCUUGACUGGGCAGAGGAGAAAUCUAAUCAGGAUGUAGACUUUAUUUUCGUACUUCCAUUCCGUGAGUUGAAUCUGGUUAAACAUGAUCAGUACAGUCUUCACAGGCUCCUGAUUGGCUUCCACCCCGAUCUUGGGCAGUUAAAGAACACUGAGUAUAGAGAUUGCAAAGUCGUAUUUAUCUUUGAUGGUUUGGAUGAGAGUCGACUACCACUUUGUUUCCAAGAAAACCAGAAGUUGUCUCAUGUCGGUCAAACAGCAUCAGUGGAUGUGCUGAUGACAAGCCUCAUUCAGGGAGAAUUGCUACCCUCUGCUCUCAUCUGGAUAACCUCCAGACCAGCCGCAGCCAAUCAGAUCCCUUCCCAGUGCGUCAAUCUGCUGACAGAAGUGCGAGGGUUCAAUGACCCUCAGAAGGAAGAGUACUUCAGGAAGAGGAUCAGUGACGAGCAUAAAGCCAGCAGAAUCAUCUCACACAUCAGAAGAGCAAGAAGCCUCCACAUCAUGUGCCACAUGCCCGUCUUCUGCUGGAUUGCAGCCACUGUACUUCAGCUGAUACUGGAACAUGAUGAUGGGAAAGAAGCUCCCAAAACACUGACAGAGAUGUUCAUACAUUUCCUCCGUAUCCAGACCACAAGGAAGGACCAGAAGUAUCAAGAUGAAGCUGAGAGAGAUGGGCACCUGGAAUUACACAAGGAUGUGAUAUUGAAGCUGGCAGAGCUGGCAUUCACACAUCUGGAGAAUGGCAACCUCAUGUUCUAUGAAGAUGACCUGAGAAAGUGUGGCAUUGAUGUCAGUGAAGCUUCGGUGUACUCAGGUAUGUGCACAGAGAUCUUCAGGGAGGACUCUGUGUUUCAGCAGAGGAAAGUCUACUGCUUUGUGCAUCUGAGCAUUCAGGAGUUUCUUGCUGCACUACAUGUGUUCUCCUCUUAUCUGAAUAACAAUAAUAAUGAGGAGGUAUUGGGAUAUUUCCUGAAAAGAGAGGCCAAGGUUACAGCAGAUGCAGACGUGCCCCUUGAUGAGAUGUUGAAGGGUGCAGUGAACAAAGCUUUGGAAAGCAAGAACGGACACCUUGAUUUGUUUGUUCGAUUCCUUCAUGGCAUUUCACUGGAGUCAAAUCAGAGACUCCUGCUUGGCCUCCUGACACGCAUACACAGCAGCCCAGAGAGUGUGGAGAAAACAAUCAAAAACCUGAAGGUGAUGCUGAAGCGAAACGUCUCACCUGAGAGAUGCAUCAAUCUCCUCCACUGCCUGACGGAAAUGCAUGACUCAUCUGUUCAUGAUGAAAUCCAGGCUUUUCUCAAGACAAAGACAGGUUCAGUUAAACAGCUUUCUCUAGCCCACUGCUCAGCCUUGGCCCAUGUGCUUCUGAUGUCUGAUGAGGUGCUGGAUGAGUUUGAUGUGAAGAAAUACAAAACUACUCCAGAAGGUCGCAGAAGACUGAUUCCAGCAGUCAGACGCUACAAAAAGGCAAUACUUGCUGACUGUGGACUAACAGAGAAGUCUUGUGAGACAGUGGCCUCAGCGCUGCAGUCUGCAAACUCCCCCCUAAGAGAGUUGGACCUCAGUGAUAACGACCUGCGGAAGUCAGGAAAUAAGCUGUUUUCUUCUCUUCUGAGCCCAAACUGCAAACUGGAGAUAUUGAGACUUGCUGGCUGCAAUCUGACUGCUGAAUCCUCUGAAGUUGUAGCCUCUGCUCUACAGUCAUUGGUCUCCAUGACAGAGCUGGAUCUGCGUGGAAAUCAAUUGAGUGUACAUGGAGUUCAGCUUCUACAUACAGCAAAAAAUCACCCCGACUGCACACUGCAAACAUUGAGGCUUGUUGGGUGUGGACUGACUGAGGGCCUUGGUGGUAUAUUAGCCUUUGCUCUACAGUCCAUAAACUCCCACCUAAGAGAGCUGGACCUGAGUAAAAAUCCUCUGGGGGAUUUGGGAAGAACACUGCCCUCUGACAUGCUGAAUCCAAACUCUAAGCUGGAGACGCUCAGACUCAUUGGCUGUGGACUUACUGAGGAGUCUGGUGGGAUUUUAGCCUUUGCUCUGCAGUCAGUAAACUCACACCUGAGGGAGCUGGACCUCAGUCAGAACACUCUGGGGGAUUGUGGAGGAAAGCUGUGCUCUGAAGCCCUGAAUCCACACUGUAAGCUGGAGACACUCAGGUACCACCAUGGAGAAGAUGGCAGACUGAAACCAGAACUGAGAAAGUAUGCCUGUGAGCUGACACUGGACCCCAACACAGCAAACAGCCGCCUCUCUCUCUCUGAGGGGAACAGGAAGGUGACACGUGAGGGGUGGCAGCAGCAGCAGUAUCCUGACCACCCAGACAGAUUUGACUCCUGGGAGCUGGUGCUGUGUAGAGAGGGUCUGACUGGACGCUGCUACUGGGAGGCUGAGUGGAGUGGUGGUGGGCCUGAUAUAGCAGUGGCAUAUAAAAGCAUCAAGAGGAAAGGAGAUGGGGGUGAGAGCAAGUUUGGAGGGAAUGACAAGUCCUGGAGUCUGGGGUGCAGUAGUAACAGUUACACUGCCCAUCACAAUAAUAAGAGUACUGACAUACCCGCCCCCUCCCCCCACUCCAGCAGAGUAGGAGUGUACCUGGACUGGCCAGCAGGCACUCUGUCCUUCUACAGCGUCUCCUCUGACACACUCACCCACCUGCACACGUUCCACUCCACAUUCACUCAGCCCCUCUAUCCUGGGUUUAAGGUUUUUUAUGGCUCCUCAGUGUCCCUGUGCCAGAUGACAGCAGCUCCUCCUCCUACAGCAACACCAGAGUCUGCAGAGUCCUCACACACUCCUUAAUCACCACUGGAUUCAACCAGCAACAUUGAUGAGUAAAAUAGUGUUGUUUUUAUUAUGUAUGGAACACACACACACACACACACACACACACACACACACACACACACACACACACACACACACACACACACACACACACACA